AUCACAGCUGUCGAGGGAGUUCGCAACUAGACCUAUUUCCUCCCUCGUUUUGGUGAAUGAUUCUCGUAAACAAAACAAAACAAAACAGGUGGAAGAAACUUUUUUUUUUCACACAGUUUAAAAUAUUGGAUGUUUUUCCAUCAGCACCUGUUCUAACAACAAAACACAAAGGCUGGACAUCAAUUAGAGCUCAGUUUUAUUGGAAUUUUUUAGAGAUUUAAAUGCCUUUGGAAGACUGAACUAUUAGGAAUAUUCGGGACUCUUUUUUUAUUCUUCCUUGGUGCCUAAAUUGAACUUAAACUGGAUCGAUUUUUUUUUUUUUUAUUUCUGAGGUUCAAACGGGAUUUAAACGCAUUUCGAGUUUUAUGGUCGCACUCACUGAAGCUGCGGAGGUGGUUAACCUUCCGAGGGAUGGUUCUAAGCUCUGAAGCCCAGGGAGCGACAGCCCGGCUCCUCCACAGGACCUUCGCCCCAUCCUGGUGCCGAUGCAGCGGACCUGACAGGAGAUGAAAGCCGCGGUCUACCACCUCCUCGCCGGAUUCUGUUGCCUUUUACGUACCGCUGCUGAGGAGUCUCCUCUACCCCAGGAGCUGCUGGAUCGGCUCUCCCGCAGCGAGAUCCGCAGCAUCAGCGACCUCCAGCGGCUGCUAGAGAUAGACUCCGUAGAGAACGAGGUGAUGGAGGAGACCAAACACAGCUACAGCAAGGACUUGUCUCACAGCUUCCCCGAUCACAAGAACACACACGCAAGACAAAAGAGGAGCACUGAAGUGGAAGAAGCCCUGCCCGCAGCGUGCAGAGUUCGCACUAUAAUUUACGAAAUCCCCAGGAGCCAGGUGGAUCCCACUUCGGCCAACUUCAUCAUCUGGCCUCCCUGCGUGGAGGUGAAACGCUGCACCGGCUGCUGCAACACGAGCAACAUGAGGUGCCACGCGUCCCGUCAAACCCACCGAACGGUCAAGGUGGCRAAGGUAGAAUACGUACGACGGCGGCCGAAGCUGAGGGAGGUGCAGGUGAUGUUGGUGGACCACUUAGAGUGUGUAUGCACCAACAAACACCACAUCAGCCCAAAUUCAGACACAGACAAUGGCAUCAGGUGAAAAGGAGAAGAUGAGACAGUGAAGAAAAUAAAGACACAACAAGAACUGUUCCCAUCUGCUAUCAAGCAACAAGUUUAACGGAUGACACAGUGUGUUUCCACAGGAUGUUUGGGGAAUUUGAUGGAGAAUAUUUGACUCAAACCACUGAACACCUCUUUCAACAGGAUGAUGAUUCCUCUGCAGAGACAACAGGAACAAAUUGUUCAAGCAGAGGUGAUGUGGGAUUUAUGACACAGAAGAGAUUCUGUCCUCUUUACUCAGAGACUAAGAUUAUUUUCUUACUUUCUGUUUGGAAUCCUUUCUAAGAGCAGUGACUGGGAUUAGGGUUUUAUGCACCAAGAGAUGUGCUUGUUCACUGUAAAAACAAACCAACAAAGAUCAAGAAAAAAAAAAUCCUUUAUACUAUCUUAUUUUCAUAUCUGUUCAUUUUUUAUUACUGUCUGCUUCUAUUUCUGGUAUGUUUUCUGCAUAAAAUUUUUAAGUGGGGGACAUUACUGACAAUAAAAAAAAAUGUUUAUAUAAACCAGAUUUUGUGUGGUGAUCAGAAAAAAAAGCCUUAAAGAAAAUAUUUUUGGUGCUUUCAAAGUAACUGAGAACCGUUCAAGGAAUUUAAAGUGUUGCUGUGUUUUUACUUAAGCUAAAUCUCUUAUAAAUAAAAAAAAAAAACUGAGCAAAAGGAGAGUAAAAGUUAAAUGCAUAUGUUCUUUAGUCUAUUAAACAGUUAACAGGUUAAUGUUCAGUGCUGCUACAGAGAUUACUGGUUUGAUGCCUUCCUAAAAUUACCGGCUAAGCCAUUUUUUUCAAGUUUGUCAAAAAUCUCCAAAAACAAGGUACACUUUUGGUUAAGUAUUUUGUGCUUCCUGAAUGACUUGGAAAAUAAAAUAACUUAGGCAAUUACUUUAGGAAGGUGUUGAUGUGUUAUUCCACUCCCAGUUUAAGGAAAUUACCUGUUUCCUUUGACCUGAAGUUUAAUAGAAAUAAUAAUGUUUUCAGUGGUGAUAUCAUCUCUGACUCACCAACAAACACUAAAGGAUGUGAAGAAAAACACAACUUCUUAAUUAAAACAUAACUCUCUCUGAAGCUUGUGCAAUUUGGAUUCUGUAAAAAGAGAUUUUAAAGUUAAAUAUUAUGUUGGGUUUUGUCAUUUAUUACUGCAUUUAGGCUGUUURUUGUUUUCAGAAAAUUAAAGAGAUGAGUAAAAAAAUAUGUUGUUUUUGAAUAAAGUGAAGUAAGGACAAAUGUAUAGUAAUUUAAUCUUUUAACUUAACAGACAUAAACAUGUUUUAAAACAUAA